CCCAACUGCAGCUGAAUGUCCCAUUUACGAGAAGUCAUGUCAACGCCAAUGAACCUAUCCCUGGUGGUCACAUGCGGCACAGUCUUAAAAGGACAUCAUCACUCUUCUCUGUUUAUUCCCAUCAAGACAACAUUGCAUCAACGGAGCGCUUUGCUUGGCAUUCUGAUCAAUUUGGCUCAGCGAGGAACCGAAGAGGAAGAUUUUACGUGCCCCUGCAUUUGACUCCGCUCAGGUCGCUUGCAGUGCUGUCAUUGCGAUGGAUCAUCCUGUGUUCUAGAACGGCCAUUUACGGGACGGAGACCUGAUCUGGAAUGUGCCAAGAAGUGUUGGUCGUUAGUUUACA